UAUAAAAGAACAUAUUUCAGACAGAAUUUUUACAGUUCUUUUUCUUUUCAUUUAGUGUAUAAUUAUAAUUUUAAUAUAUUUUAAAAUAUAUUAAUAUGCUAAUAAUAUUAAAUAUACAAGUUUCUUUUUUGAUAUUUUUCACGGUUCUGUACACUGAUGAAAAAAAUACUAGAAAAGAAAAUGUGAAAAUCAUAAGUGACUUAUUAAAGCAUUCCGGAUGGAAAAAAUUAACUGAAAUAAAAGACGCCACUUAUUGUAAUAAAAAGAGUACAUUAAAUGAUUUACUUAAAACAUCUGUAACAUCAGCUAGUUGUGAUACACAAAUUCGCAGAGCAACAGUAAUUCUUGGAUGUACUUAUGCUUAUGUUUUAAAGAUAAUGUUUCAUGCAUUAAUUCAAUUUCAAAAUGAUUGUAAAUUGCACGUAAAUGACCAAAAAAAUACUAAAUAUGCAAAAAAUUGUACAAUGAAACUAAUAAAUAUAACAAAUGAUACUAUACGGAUGUCAAAGAUAAUGAAAGGAGCUUUAGAUGCUUUGGAAAAUUAUCAUCAUAGUCCAUGGCAGUAUAACAAAAAAACUCAUUAUAUUUUGAGCACUGUUAUUUCGGGUUUACAGCAAUUUGCAGAUCAAUCUAAUCAAUACCCCUUAAAAAUCAAAUCUUCAGACGAUAUUAAGAAUGCGCUAAACAUUUAUGAACAUUUUUUUAUUUUAAUGAAUAUUGAAAUUGAAGGAGAAAUGAAAGUUUGUAAAAUAAAUUCCCCAGACUCCGGCACAAUUUGGAAUUUAUGGGAAAACGAAUACAAGUAUGCAGGUGUUGUAGAAGAAUUUUAUAAAUUUAUUACUGGAAAGUUAAGUAAUUUAAUUUUAUCAACAUUUAAUAAAAAGUAUCAUAAUCUUGGAUUUAUAUACGUCCCGGAAGAAGAUAAAACAAUUUUAUCGAGUCAACAAGUUAUCAAUAAUGAAUCGGAAGAAGAUGACGUACUAAUUGAUAUACCUAAAGAACAUCAGUUUUUUAAUAAGUAUAUUAAUUAAUUAAUUUUCGUCUUUGUUAUUUUUAUUAUAAUAUUAUAACUAAAAAUCACAUUUUA